AUGGCGCAACUUGUCAUGCUUCCGCUGAUGGACGAAUCACCUGUGGCCGACGAUAACGGUGGAUAUAGCGGCGGAUAUAACGGCGGCAUGUUCGCUCAGCAGACGAGCCCCGCGCCUCCCUUAUGGACCUCCCUAGACGCCAUGCACGGGCUGGACCACGAUUCUUCCGGGUUCCUUCCAUUGGACGCGUCCGACGGAGACGAAUCGCAGCAACAACAUCAGCAGCAGCAGUCGGACUACACCCACCACCACAGCCACCAACCGUCGGAUCAUCUCAACGUACGGCGAGAUCUUCUCGAGGACGAUAACUUCGGCAGCAGCGAGUUCGACCCGUCGUCGGGAGCGAGCGGAGCGGGGGAGUGUGUGAUGCUGUACCAGGAUGCGCAGAGGGGGGAGGAGGAGGAUAUGGUGGGGAGCCUUAACCUCCGCAUCUCCCCGCAACCCGACGCUUCCGAUCUCACAUCGGCUCUUUUCUCCGAAGGCCAGGCGAGCAACAACGGCGGCGGCGCGACGCUUGGCGGGUCGUCGUGGCAGCUGUGCGACAAUCUGUUCGCAGAGCCGAUCGUCGACUGCGGCGAGCUGCUCUCCGGCGACGGCGACGGCGACGAUCUGCUCGCGGCGUCCGCGGGGCACGACGAGGCGGAGCAGGCGGACGGCGGAAGCGGCGGAGAAGAAAUGGAGAUGAGGGAUCCGGCCGUUGCGUAUCUCACGCCGGAAAAGGCGCCGCAGAUGCCGGCUAGUUCGGACCCAGCGGAGGUGGCAACGCCGGGAUGUGACAAUAGCGAGGGCGGUUUCAGCACGCCGCAGGUGCCAAGCGCGGGUUUCUCCCGCCCGCGCAGCCGGUGCCCCACGGAGCGGGGACUGGCGCAAAAGGGCGCGCUCAUGACCCCGUCCGGCGGAGCAACGGCGCGCGCAACCCGCGAGAACCUGAUGCGGCGGCUGGGGCAGGCGGGCGGAGCGGCGGAGCCCUGGACCCCCGUGACCCCCGCGAAGGACGAGGCGGGGAAGCGGUCCCCCGACCAGCUUGCGCGCGUGGCGGUGUCGCUGGAUGCGGAGCUCGGUCUGUUCGCGGACUCCCCGCCGCUGCUGUGGAACGGAGUGGCGCAGCAGCAGCAGCCCCAGGCGCAAGGGCAGUGCUUCCAGAUGCCCCAGUACCAGCAACAGCAGCAGCAGCAGCAGCAGCAAGUGGCGUUCAGCAACGGACGAAUGCUGGAAGCGUCGAGUUCCCGCACCAUGCCUGCCGGCGCCGUGCAGAGCAUGCUUGGCGCGCAGCAGCAGCCGCAGCAGUACGGGAUGGCGGGUCAACAGCAACAGCAGGGCUUGGCGGGGCAGCACGGGUUCUGUGCGACGCCCGGGGAAGGCGCGCACAUGCGCGCGGACCCCGCGGAGGCGUCCGACAUGUCGCUCUUCUUCGAUAUGGAGCAGCAGCAACAACAGCCCCUGCCGUCGCCGCCGCAGCUCCAGCAGCCGCAGCAGUCCCAACAGCAGUACCACCAGCAGCACUACCAGCAGCAGCAGCAGCAGCAGCAGUACCAGCAGCAACAGCAGAACCGGGGGUAUCAGCAGAUGCAGCAGCAGCAAGAGCCGGACGUGGUUCGUGAUUUCCUCUCCUCGUCUCCGGACGGCGACGCGGCUCUCGACAGCUUGGUUCUUGACGGCCUGCCGUGCGACAGACGGCUGUCCGGCCAAAUGAUGCUGCCCAAGGAUCUCGCGUCGUUGAUGAACGACGCUGACGUGGACGCAUCUGCCGCCACGUGGCCGCAGCCAAGCAACAACACCGCCCCACUGAAGCCGCAGCAGCAGGCAGUACCACGGGUGCCCCCCGCGUUUCAGCAGCAACCGCACCCACAGCAACCUCAGCUGCAGCAGCAGCAGCCGCAGCAGUCGCAGCAGCAGCUGCCGCAGCAGCCACGCAUGCAGCAGCAAUCUCAACUGCAGAGGCAGAACAGCCAGUCUCGUGGAUGCAGUUUGCCUCAAGGAGCCGUCGCUGCUCCUCCUGCACCGGCUCCCAAACAACCUGCUCAACGACCGACGACGUCCGGAGGUGCGAAGCGGAAGGCAGAGGAGCCACUAAGCGCCGGUGGGAAGGCCACGUCAUCACGAGCCCAGCCUCCAGCAGUGAAAAGGAUCAAGUCUGAAGACGCCUGCGAGGCGACAACCAGGCAAGCUUCGCCUGUUACUGCUUCUGCUUCUGCUCCAGCUUCAGCUGGGCCGGUUGAUCUGACCUGCAGAGAGCAGGAGCAGCUGGGAUUGGAGACUGGCGACGACAGCGAUGGUGUGGUGUUGAACGAGCCAUCAGCCAAGGGAUCUCGCUGUGGUACCACUGCUGCAGCCGCUGCUGCGUCUGCUGCUGGUACAUCUGCUGGUGCAUUGAAGCCUGAGGCUCCUGCAGCUGAUGCGAAAAAUGUGAAAGCGAAAGCGGAGGUGCAAGUAAAGGAGGAGCCAAGCAAGGCUGGGAGCAGAGCUGGCGGAGGAAGCAGCUCUCAGAAGGAGAGUGGUAACCAGGCGUUUCAGGAUGACUUGGGGGAAGAUGGAGCUGUGGAGGACGGGGAGGACGACGAGGGAGGGGUGAUAGUGGGACGGAAGAGGUCGUUUGUGCAGAAUCCGGCUGCUUCUGCUGCGAGGAAGAGAAGGCACGACAUGAACCAGCGGCUGAAAGUGCUCGUGGAUCUCGCAGUUUCCCGUCUUUCCAUUGCGCACCGAGUUUGA